AUGAAUCCGUCAACUGGAGUUCUGAGCACGACUCCGACAACAAUUAACAGCGAUCAAGAAUUCUAUCUGGGUGCAAACAUCCUCAUUCCAUAUGGUAUCGUCAUGACCCUAAUCUUGGUAUUCGGUUCGGUUGGCAAUGUUCUGACAAUCCUGGUCUUACGCUGCCCUGAACACAAAAAGAAAAACAUUACUCCUCUCAUGAUAAACUUAGCGAUUGCUGACAUCAUUAUAAUUGUCUUUGGCUAUCCUGUGGUCGUCGCAAGUAACUAUACGUCCUCUGGCCUUAACGUUCGUGAAAGUCGGAUAAGCUGCAUAUGGUCGGUACAGAAUCUACAGGUGGGCUUGCUGAUGCUGCUUUCUGCUGCCAAUUGAAAAGAACUCGAGAGUUUAAAUGACAAUUUUCCUAGUCGAAUAGAUCUCAUUUACAAUAUUCUGUAGAUUGCAAAAUCGAUUAGGACUCCGAUGACUAUGGUAUUACGAGAGAAAGCAGUUUUAUUUGAUUUAGGAUACUUGGAGGAGGAACGGGUUAUAAUCUAUCUAACGCCAUCCGAUAUUUUAAUCAAUAUUUGUAUUAAUGUGGCCCUAAAAUCGGAAGAAAAAGUUUUGGCCUCUUUUGAGGCCAGCGAUGGAUAUUUUAACAAGAAAAUUAACUUUCGAACUAGCUCUUGUUUUCGCCAGGUUAUGUUUUUUUGCAUUCCACCCCUUCUCGAACAUGGCUUUCACUCAGUAAGGUUGAUGAAUGAACAGCAAAGCCUUCACGAUUCUCAAUACAAGUUGUUUGUCGGAGCUUUCUCGAAUUGUGACGGCGAAAACACAAAAAAAUCCGUAUCGCUGCCAGACAACGAGGUUCAAACUUUCCUAGAAGGGGAAGAAAACCAAUAUACUAAAAGAAAACCGAAAGUUGCGUAUUCAGUGGCUUUGGUGUUAGCAUUUCUCUUGGCUAAGAAUGAAAAUCGACAACUGGAAGAUUUGCCACUGGCCGAUUUUGGCCGUUUACCUCACUCACUCGUGAGCUAUCGAGUUACACGCUCGAAGAGAAAUUUCAUAUCUGCGCGCGCCCAUGUAUUAUUCUCUAUAGCUUUGCUACAGUUGCCACAAUGAGAAAAAUGCUGAGAGUCACACUGAGGCCUCUUCUUAGGACCCCACUGGAAAACACCUCAGCGAGUGGGGUUCCUUCGUUAUAUGUUAUUAUUGUUAUUAUUAUUAUUCUUCUAUUUAUUACUAUUAUUACGUUUAUGAUCAUUAUUUGAAUUAUCAGUGUUAAUGGGAUACUAUUCAUAAUCACAGACUUACAACUUUCUCUUCCAUCCUAGCUUCAUUCGCAUUCAACAACCCACCUCAGGAAAUGCUUCAGUAGAAGCCAGUCGAAGAAAGUCUCAGAUCAAAAUGGUGCGCAUGAUUGCGAUGUCAAUUGCCGCCUUCGUGUUAAGCUGGUCGCCAUAUUGCCUGGUCAGCAUCAUCGCCACCAUCCGGGGUACGAAUACGUUAACACCUUCAGAGGCAGAAGUCCCGGAUAUACUCGCCAAAGCCUCUGUAAUCUACAACCCCAUAGAGUACACGGUGAUGAAUGACAGAUUUCGAGCAACUCUCUUGAGCAUCAUCCCCUGCAACAGCUUUUUCUCAGGGGAGGUCAAUCCAGCGUCAGAUUCCGUUUCCAAGUCAGCC